ACUGGCUCCGCAUCUCGCUCCGCGCGCCCUCCUCGGCUUUCGGCGGCUCCAGCCCGCUGGCCACAGAGACGACCUGUCCUGCAGUCCUGGUGGCUGGUGCUGGACUUGGUGGGAAGCCGACGAGCGACCCGCGAGAGUGCGUGAGGCAGCCCGGCCGGCGGACGCACCCAGGCAGCGAGCGCAGCAGCCUCACGCUUGGGCUCAGCAUGGCGCUGGACACCCCGGCCGCCGUGGUGCUGGAGCUCAUGACCAUGGGGCAGCAGUCCGCGGAGCACCUCGGGGACCUGCUCCGGGCCGCGUCCCCGGCGUCGCCGCACCAGGAGCUCGCCGCCGAGAUCCUCCGCUGCUGCGGCCGCGUCAUCGACGCGCUCAGGGCCACCAGCGGCGCCCGGAAGAGGAAGGCGGCCGAGUACCAAGCGCCGGCGCCAGGAGCCUGGUCUCCUCCUCCGGGGCCGCCGCCCAAAAGAAGGGGUCGCGGCGCGGAGGCCGUCAAGGAGGUGGUGACGAGCGUCACGACGGUGGACGGCUUCAUCUGGCGCAAGUACGGGCAGAAGGACAUCAACGGGCGCAAGCACCCGAGGCUCUACUACCGCUGCGCGCACCGCCAGCAGGGCUGCAACGCCACCCGGCGGGUGCAGCGGACGCGGGACCACCCCGCGGCCUACGAGAUCGCCUACUACGGGGAGCACACGUGCCGGGGCGCCACCACGGGCCACCCGCAGGGAGGGGCGCCGCCGCCCGCCGUCGUCGACUUCGGCUCCAGCUCCUUGGGCUCCGCCGACGCGGCGUCCUUGUCGCAGGGGCAGCAGGGGGGCUGGUCGCCGCCGUCGGUCUCGGCGUCGCCGUCGUCGGAGGCGGGGCUCGAGCUCGAGGGCGCCCACGCGCACGAGUGGGAGUGGCACGACGCGGCGACGAUCGACGAGCUGAUCGGAGCGGCUCCUUGCUACGGUUCGGAUCCGGUGACGGAGUUCCUUGACGGGUGCCUCGGCUGGGAGGCCGUCCUCAACGAUCCCCUCGACUUCGCUGGUCUCCAUCGCAUUGCUACGUUUCAGUAGCUCUAGCAGCUCAGAGUUUUCAAACCAAAAAAAAAAAA